AUGUCCGAGGUCGACACCACCGCUUGCCACAAACGCCUCUUAUCGCCGCCACCAGACCACAAUACACUUGGUAUGAGUGAACUGCCACCCGAAGACUGGAGAGAUGCUGGGCUCAAGAACUCCCUAGUCUGCUCUGACACCACACAAUUGCCGCCGCCUACUCCACCCGGACCUGGAAUUCUGACUGUCACGCGUUCUUGGGCUCGUGACCUGAUCGUAGACAACCCGUCUGAGCCGAUAUGUCUCGAUAAACCCCAUGCCGGCAGGCGACGGUUGAUUCAUUCGAUCAUGGAAUGUGGGAAGGCCCAGGUCUCGUCCGAGGCCACGUGUUAUUCGCGAAUGAAGAGGAAAACCAAGAUUCUGACUGGAAUACCUCCGUUCUACCAAGAGAAUGUUGAGGAGCAACAACGCCGGAUCAUGGAACAUACUCUUCAGCUUCCAAAGGGGCUUCCGGCAACGGCCAAGGAUAUUUUGAUAAAGCUUCUCAACAAAGACCCCGCAAAGCGCUUGGGUGCAACCGGAGCCUCUGAGAUUAAAGGACACGGUUUCUUCCACGAGAUAGAUUGGAAUGAUAUCACCCAGCGCAGACGCGAGAACCUACCUAUGGCCAAGCAGGAUGGGGUGGUCUUCAGAGUUGAACCGGACGAAGUCAAGUACUCCAAAUCGUACCACGAGACCGGCACAGAUGAAGAUGAAAGAAAUGCCCCAGAUGGGAAACCUGAAGAGGUACAGGACGAUAGAUGGGAGUUAGUCUGGGAGCCGACAUCUCAACGAUCUCAUUUCCAUAAUCGCCUGACUAGCGAAAAACGAUCGAUCGAUACAUAUCCUCUGAUCGCAUACACAUUGCUCAUGGACAACAAAGACACUGCAGUCGGGGAUUAUCGCAAUCUGGGGGCCCAAAACCACCGUGCCAGCCUGAACCAGAAGAAAUGCGCACUCAAAGCUGCAUUGGAAGGUGAUUGUAGCAAUCUUCUAGUAUCGCAAGUCCUGGAAUACGGUUUGAACUUGGACGUCGCAUUUCUGCAACACGUCGAAGAGUAUACUGGAGCGUCUUAUGGUCUUCCCAUUGCGCUUGUCAAGUGGCUGAUACCAUUGGAAUGGGUUUUGGACAGCGGCAAUACCCAGCUUGUCGAGCUAUUCCUGGGAAAAGGUGCCGAUGCAAACUUUUCUACCUUUCCGAGGGAUGGACCUGCACUUGUCAAGGCAGUCAAGAAAAUGGACCAGAAGCUUAUAAGAAUGUUGCUGCCAACGACCAAUCGAGUCAACUCGACCAGAGCUCUUUGCCACGCAGUGGAACUACAGGACAUCGGGAUUGCAACAACACUAAUACGAACAGCGUUCUUCCCGACGUUGAAGAUUUAG